CGCGCUGUCUUUCCAGUACAAACAACCUGCAUACACACAGAGGAAAUGGCAGUACUCGUGGGCAGCUACUCGCUUCCAAUGAUCUUGGUCAGUGCUUUCAUCCUGGCUCUAACAUACAUCACAUACAAAUUGCUAGGCGACUAUGUUUCCAAGUAUAUCACUAUGAAGCCCAUUCCUGAGAUUGGGACAACAUUGCCCAUCAUUGGAAAUGCACACCAGAUGAAAAUGAAUCCAGGAGAAUUUUUCUCCCAGAUCCAGGAGCUCACCAGGGAGUUUUACGCAUUACCACUGUUCAAAAUCUGGAUUGGUACUAUCCCAUUUGUCGUCUUGUACCAUUCUGAAACUGUCGAGGCCAUUUUGAACAACCCCAUCCACAUCGACAAGGCCUAUGCAUAUUCAUUCUUGCACCCCUGGCUUGGCACAGGUCUUCUCACAAGCACUGGCACCAAAUGGCGACAGAGGAGGAAGAUGCUGACCCCAACCUUCCACUUCUCUAUUCUGACUGACUUCCUGGACGUGAUGAAUGAGCAGGCUGAGAUCCUGGUGGAGAAGCUGCAGGAGAAGGCUGGCAAGGGAGUGUUUAACUGCUUCCCCCAUGUCACCCUGUGUGCUCUAGACAUUAUCUGUGAAACUGCCAUGGGAAAGAAAAUCUAUGCACAAAGUAAUGCCGAAUCCGAGUAUGUCAAGUGUGUAUACAGAAUGAGUGACAUUAUCAGUCGGAGACAGAGAAUGCCAUGGUAUUGGCCGGAGUUUUUGUACUAUUCUAUAGGAGACGGCAAAGAGCAUGACAAGAUCCUCAAGGUUCUCCAUUCCUUUACAUACAAAGUUAUCAAUGAGAGAGCGGAGAACAUUUCCAACUCUGAAUCAGACAGUGAGACAGACGGAAAGAAGAGGCAAGCGUUCCUGGACAUGCUCCUGAAGACCACAGAUGAAGAGGGACACAGCAUGAGCCACAGGGACAUUCAGGAGGAGGUGGACACCUUCAUGUUUGAGGGUCACGAUACCACGGCUGCUGCCAUGAACUGGGCUCUACACCUGGUGGGCUCUCAUCCUGAGGUGCAGUGUAAGAUACACCAAGAGCUGGAUGAGGUGUUUGGAACAUCAGAGAGGCCUAUCAACACAGAAGACCUGAAGAAGUUGCGCUACCUGGAGUGUGUAAUCAAAGAAGGGCUGCGGCUGUACCCUUCAGUCCCGUUCUUCGCACGCACAAUCUGCCAGGACACCACCAUCAGAGGCUUUAAGGUUCUCAAAGGUUCCAAUGUUGUAGUUGUGACUUAUGCUCUACAUCGGGACCCGAGGCAUUUCCCAGAUCCUGAGGAAUUCAGACCAGAGCGAUUCCUCCCAGAAAACUCAGUGGGACGACCUGCCUACGCCUAUGUACCCUUCUCUGCCGGACUACGCAACUGCAUUGGCCAGCGUUUUGCCCUGAUGGAGGAGAAGGUGGUGUUAGCGUCCGUAUUGCGACACUUCACUGUGGAGGCGUGUCAGAAACGAGAGGAACUACACCCAGUAGGAGAACUCAUCCUCCGUCCACAGAAGGGCAUUUAUAUCAAAUUGGAGAAGAGGACCCCGGGGGUGUCUGCAAGAUAACUUUCUUCAAUAUUUUGUAGCUGUCUUGAAUUAAUAUAGAGAUAAAACUGUCGUUGACACCUUAUUAUUGACGUUGCAAUUACUUAAACACAAAAUGAUGAAAUAGCACAGGGCCUGGUCUUUAAAAAAUCAAUAACCUUAAAUGCAUCAUUGGGCAUUUCUCAUCUAUAUACAGCUCUAGUGAAGGUAUUCUAAGCAGAGAGACAUCAAAGUUGCUCUCUCGCAGUUAUAAAAAGUUAUGCUCACCCUAAAGCAGCCCCUCAGAGAGUUUGAAGGUCGGGCUAAUGGCUAACGAUCACCAACAACCACCUCCUCAACAACUCCAGGUGUUUGGUUACUGAAAUCUGGGGCCUUUAGUCAAUGCCAAAUGCCCUGUUCCCCUAGAAGUCAAUUGUUUUAGUCAGAAUUAUUUUAAAACCUAUUCUACAAUCUGGCGUAGCUGCAAAAUAUUUAUAUACUUUACAUAUGAAUUCACAACUAAUUAAAGGUAUAGUAUGUAACUCUUUGGAGGUCACACAUCGCCUGAAUGACUCCAUGGAAAUAGAAAGUUAAGACCAACUUCCGAAGAUUCUCCAUGAAGAAAUACAUUUUAUGCCAUACUGUGGAAUAUUAUAACCAAAGGAACAACAUUUCCAUGGAAACAAGCAGUCGGUGAUCCUCCUCUACGUCAAAGAAGAGUCAGGUUUGUGGAUUCAGGCUUUGAAUCUUUUUUUAGUGCAAUAAACACAACCAAAAUGAAAAAGCAUGGUUUUAUUUUUGUGCUAAAAAGUGACAUACUGGUGCUUUACAUGAAUUUCCCAGAGAUGUGAUGUUUUGACUUUGUACAGUAAAUCUAACCAUGCAAGAAUGACUUUGAAGAUGGGUUGCUCAGUCUCAUCAUUCAUUCCUGCAGCUCAAAAAUAAUGAAUGGAGCGUUUUAAUGUAUUCCGCAUUCACACGCCCUUCCUUGGUGUGCUGCUAAAUAUUUAUGCAGAUAAUCAUUUCCUGUGAGGACAUAUUUGUGUGUGCGUGAGAGUUGGAACAGCACACAUAUGUGGAGAUCACUGACCCCAAUAAUCCUCUUUCUACCGGCAUACACAUCUCUUUCCUGGUUGGAGCUGAGCUGUUGUCAAGGCAACUGCACGAGUAGGCGGGGCGAUGGCAGAUAAAAGCGAGUGGUCCUGUUUCUCAGUGGGACUCUGGGAUGAGCAGCGGAGCGGCAGAGGCAUUAGCCCUGGCGCUUCUU